UUUAUAUCCUUUCUCACUCAGUCACGUGAAUCGCAGCAUGCCUCCCCGCGCGCAAACACACACAAAGUUUUCUUUUGUGCACUCGGGCCCUUUCGAGUCUGGCUGAUGAACUAUGUUGGGCGAAUAUGACUGCAAGUCGAGUGCAAACGGCGCCGAAGGAAAUGUGGUCCCACCAGUGAACCAUCGCACGCUCCGGCCCAACUUGGUUCCCGGUCUUGCCACAAUGAGCCGUGUGAAAGGUGUGCUGUAACUUUAAGGCAGGGCGAUUGGGGGCUGGGCGGGCGGGCUGGCGGCCACCGCUCCCCCCCCUCCCCCUCCCCCGGCGCGUCAGGACACUGACAGCUCUGCUGAUGGGGAGCUCUGAGCACAUCUGGAUCUGCCGCGCUGCUCAGACCUGUUGGUCGCCUAACUCUGGCUCUGCCGGGAAGUUCUCCUGUUGAGGGAAAGUCUUCAUACUCGGUACCAGGAAAUAAACAGCUCAUUAGGCCCGCGGUGAUUGGGGAAAUGUAAGAUGCUUCGUGUGAAGAAAACAGAUUUAAAGGAUGGGUUGAGUCUGGCCAGCGGCGCUGCAGUCGCAAGCGGCGAGGCAUGAACUUCUGGGCAAAUGCAGCGCUGUCAUUACUGCGCCGGGAAGUUGUGCGGGAAAUCGUGUAACGUUCUCAUAUGUAAUCGAGUGACACACAUCAAAACUCCAGAGCAACGCCAGUAAUGUGAACCGCAUUGCAUUUCCCGAGCCGAGAGCCAGCAACUCUGCAUCAACAGUUGGCGAGGAGCGAAUUGCUGGCAAAGGAAAGUCAUUAAACGAGAUCUGUCAACUUUUGGGAAGUUUGCAGACUGUCAGUGAGAGAGCGAGAGAGCGGCCGGAAUGGUCACUAACCUGGUGUUGCCGGAAACAUUGAGAAAUGAGCUAUUCAAAGGACAUUAGACCAGGAUUAAAGGCAUCGACUGAUCCACGAUGAAAUUUUUGUAUUUGAUGCAGUUAAUCGCCGGAUUAUUUGGAACCUUAGCAGCCAACAGAAACUGCCCUGACUUGAUCAUAGACAGUUGCAGCUGCACCAGCGAGCGCUCGAAGGGACCCAGCAGGCAGAUUAUCCGAAUCAAAGUGGUGUGCAGUCGCGGAGAGUUGUUAGAAACUUUGCAGCCCAGCCUCCUGCCCAGCAAAACAGUGACGCUGAUCCUGAGUAACAACAAGAUCUCACUGUUAAAGAAUGGCUCUUUCUUUGGCUUACGCUCUCUAGAGAGAUUGGAUUUGAAGAAUAACUUGAUUAGCAACAUUGAGCCUGGGGCUUUCUUUGGGCUUUCAGAGCUGAGACAAUUAGAUCUGUCAAACAACAGGAUUGGAUGUCUGAGUCCUGAAAUAUUUGCGGGCCUUACCAGUUUGUCAAGGCUGAAUUUGUCAGGGAACAUCUUUUCAACACUUCCUACUGGGCUGUUUGUUAAGCUUACAGCACUGAGAGUCUUGCACUUUAGCACCGAAUCUCUAAUGUGUGACUGCAACCUUAGAUGGGUCUUGCAAUGGGCCAAAAACUUUUCAGUUCGCAUAGCAGAUGACACUUUAUGCAUCUACCCAAGAGCAUUACACAGAAGACCAUUCAAAACUUUGAAAGAGAAGCAGCUCACAUGUGAUGAUCCUUUGGAGUUGCCUCUGUUUGAGAUGAUCCCAUCUCACCGUCAAAUAGUAUUCCAGGGGGAUCGUUUGCUGUUUCUGUGCACUGCGACAUAUGUGGAUAAAACAAUGCAAAUUCAAUGGCGACAUAAUGGAAAAUUAAUGAUAACAGAUGAAGAUAAUGAAAUAUUUGUAGAACCAGUUAUGAUCCAUGACUGUUGUUUAAUUACCAGUGAGCUGAUCCUGUCAAACAUUGAUGUAGCUGCUUCAGGAGAGUGGGAGUGUUUUAUCACUACUUCUCGUGGAAACAGCACUAAGAAGGUAGAGAUUGUGGCACUUGAAAUUGCUGCACCGUACUGUCCAGCAGAGCGGAUCACCAACAAUAAAGGGGACUUCAGAUGGCCUCGAACUCUGGCUGGUAUUACAGCAUACUAUGCCUGCAUUCAGUACCCAUUUGUAUCUGUACCAUAUUACGGAGACCAUCGACAGGGGAAAGCCUGGCGUAAAUGUGACAGGACUGGUCAAUGGACAGAAGGGAAUUAUACUGAGUGUGCUUAUGCAAAUGAAGUUACAAGAGUCCUUCAUAGAUUCAGCCAGAUCCCAGUGAAUGCCACCAAUGCUCUUGCUUGUGCCCACCAACUGAUGGCCUACACAGGAGAAGCAGCAAGCUUUGUGGACAUGAUGGAUGUUAUUUUUGUGGCUCGAAUAAUUCAGAAACUUAUCGUCUUCGUGGAUCGAGUCAAAGAUCUGGGAGAAUCCAUCACAGAAGUAGCCAGCAACAUGAUGCUAGUGGAUGAACACAUACUGUGGAUGGCCCAGAAUGAAGAAAAGGCCUGUACCCGAAUUGUGCAAUGCGUGGAGCUCAUUGCGAACCUUGUGUUGAACAGCAAUGCACAGGGUAUUUCAAAGGUUUCCAUGAAUAUAGCACUGGAGGCCUUCAAGAUCAAGCCAGCCAGUUUCACAGGCAUGACCUGCACAGCUUUCCAGAAGGUCGUUUCAAAUCCACAGAGAUCAUCGAUUCGUGAUGUCGGUCAACGGGUUUGGGAGGCUGAAUCUCGUCGAGACCAACAUCUGAAUUUUAAAUGCAAUACAGGCAAUCUUACCAGUUCUCUUGUGAAUUUCCCAGUUAAGAACACCAUAGCAGUGGCAUCAGUUCAAUUGCCACCAUCAAUUUUCACUCAUUUCCUAGCCUUGCACACUGUUGACAACUCAUCCUGCAAGCUGCAAUUUAUUGUAUUCCGGAAUGGAAAACUCUUUCCCAGUACAGGUAACUCAUCAAACCUUGCUGAUGACGGGAAACGCAAGUGUGUUUCAACACCAGUUGUCUUCAUCAAAAUAGAUGGGUGCAGCUUCGGGAACCUCACCAAACCCAUCACCAUUGUUCUGAGGCACUUUGCUCCGGGUGCAGAUCCCACUGCAGCAUAUUGGAAUUUUGACCUUUUGGAUGGGCAUGGUGGCUGGCAUGCUACAGGGUGCCAUAUAGCAAACUCUGCAAGCAAUAUCACCACCAUUCAAUGUUUACAGUUCGGUAACUUUGCAGUACUAAUGGAUUUGAAGACAGUGCUUUCCUUCAAUCAGUACCCAGGGGAGUUCCUGCACCCUGUGGUAUAUGCAUGCACUGCAGUCCUUUUGCUCUGCCUCUUUGCAUCUAUUAUCACCUAUAUUGUGCAUCACAGCACCAUCCGCAUUAGCAGGAAAGGCUGGCAUAUGCUGCUGAACUUCUGUUUCCAUACUGCCCUCACUUGUGCUGUGUAUGCUGGAGGUAUCAAUCGCACAAAAUACCCAAUCAUCUGUCAAGCUGUUGGGAUUGUUUUACACUACUCCACUCUCUCUACAAUUUUCUGGAUUUGUGUCACUGCCAGAAAUAUUUACAAGCAAGUGACCAAGAAGGUGCCUCAGUACCACAAUGCUGACCAACCAUCGCACUCCCAACAACCAAUGUUGCGGUCUUAUCUGAUUGGAGGAGGUAUUCCAUUCAUAAUUUGUGGAAUCACAGCUGCAACGAACAUCAACAAUUAUGGAAGUGAAGACAAUGCACCAUAUUGCUGGAUGGCAUGGGAGCCUAGUCUCGGGACUUUUUACGGUCCAGCUGCUUUCAUUGUGCUAGUUAGUUGCAUCUAUUUUCUUUGUACGCUAGUACAGCUGAAGCGUCACCCAGGGAAGAAAUAUGAGCUGAAGGAGAUGACAGAAGAGCAACAACGGCUGGCAAGCACAGAGGUAGGCCCCAGUCACGUAACGGACUCCGGCUCUGUGUCACACACAUGUUCAAUGAUCUCUUCCUCCAUGCUAGAGAAUGAGCAUUCAUUUAAGGCUCAGCUCCGUGCUUCCGUGUUCACUCUCUUUCUGUUUAUUGCCAUGUGGACCUUUGGAGCUCUCGCAGUCUCACAAGGACACUUCCUAGAUAUGAUCUUUAGUUGCCUAUAUGGAGCAGUUUCAGUGACCUUAGGACUUUUUAUUCUUGUUCACCACUGUGCAAAACGUGAUGAUGUCUGGCAUUGUUGGUGGUCCUGCUGCAAAUCAAAUAGGAAUACAUAUGCUGUUCAAACAAGUGCUCGACCCCAGGUAACCAUGAAUGGUGAUGCCCAGCUUCAUGUCCCAUGCCUCCUGGAUUCUCCCUGUCCUAGUAAGUCAUCAUCCAGUUGUAAUCAUUCCGUCUCUGGACUCUGUAAAUUAACUAAUCUACAUGCUGUGCAGAAUCACGUAAACUGUGUUUCACCAGUUACGCCCUGUUGUGCCAAAAUGCACAAUGAACAAAUCAUUGAUGACGACGGGCAUAUUCACCUACAUGCGGAUGGAACAUGCAGACCGACAAUGCACAUCCACAGAUGUCAGAAAAGCCGAACUAAACCACGACAGUUCAUUCGGCACAACAGGUCCACAGCUCAAAGAGAAUAUGCCUAUCAUAUUCCUUCCAGCGUAGAUGGAAGCGUUCACAGUUCACAUACGGAAAGUCAUCACAGCAUCCAGGAUGGCCAGUCCAUCCAAAGGCAAGUUAUUUGUGCAAAAAGUGAUCAGUGUCCUAAUAUCUGCCAGCCUGAAAGCAGCGAUGCCAGCACAGUGUUAUAUGGGUGUAAUAAAGCUGCAGACAGUGGUGUCAGUACAGAGGCUUUGCACCAAGGAGUCACUUUUGAGAUGCAGUCACGAAGACAAUCAUGUCCUCUAGGUGUAACCAAUCAAAAUGGAAUACUUAAGGGAAACCUGCAUGAAGCCAUGAUUUAUACUUCAGACAGUACAGGAAACAUAAGGACUGGUCCUUGGAAAAAUGAAACUACUGUGUAGUUUUUAGUUUCAUGACUACAAAUUUAAAUCAUUACAGCAACAAAAUGUCAUAUAUAAGUUUUGUAUAAUGCUUAGGUGUUCGUUUACAUGAUUCAUUGUGCAGAUAUCAAGUUGCAUUUGCAUAUUUCUAUGUAUACAUAUAUAUUUGUACAGCACAUACAAAGCACCAUAAGAGCAGUAUUAUAUUAUGUAUUUGUACUUAAAGCUAAAAGGAUGCAUUUGUGUUACCACAAUGUGAGCAUUAAUCAAAAAGUAGUCUGCAGAUUUAUCAUAAUUAAGUUGAAGCUUUUGAUUAUUUUUCUAUCAAUGUAAGUGGUUUCUUCAAAGUAAACAACCAAAAAAAGAUGAGUGUUACUAUUCUAUUAAAGAGGCAGUAGCCCUUUGGUGGUUAGCACAAGUAGCAUCUUAAUGUUUGUUAAAAAAAAUCCCCUAUAAUAAUAAAAAUAUAAUGUGCAAUUUGUUCAGAGUAUAAACUUAUAAUUUGUAAUUAUUUUUUAUGAGUUUGCUAGCUUCAUUGGAAUAAAUCAUCAGAUGAAUAAAUAUUUGAAAGAAUCCUGCAUAAUGUAAGAUAAUUGUGGACCUUUUGUUCUAAUUGGCACAUAGGGGAGUGAUUUCUUUAGCAUGGCGUGUAAAUCCGACACCUAUUCCAUAUAGGUUGGUCUGGUAUAUUACACAGAGCAUACAAAAGAAACCUUUCCCACAAGGUAGAAUAGAAAGGGUAUUGGCUCUUUAAUUUUGUAUGAAGAAAUAUAUUAAGUCUAUAUUUAGGCAUACGGUACAUGCUGAAAUAUGCAUGAUUUUUGUUGCAUUUUAUCAUCAAUAUUCAUCUGCUGUUAUAUGUAAAAGCUGAUCAUUCUGGUAAUGUAAGACAUAUAGCAUCUUUGCAUUUUUAAUACAUGCAAAUUAAACCAUAAUACUGAAACACAGUCAUUGGACUACUUCACUGUUAAAGUCCCACAGCACAUGUGUAAGGUUAAAGCUAUAAGUGUGCUAGAGAUGACAGUUUUCAGUUAUCUGUGCAGAGCAUGCAGUGCCUGUUGUAUGUUACAGUGUACACUGUACAAUGAAUUAAUGUUUCCAGUAAAUGCAGAUAUCACCAUGUCUGUUAGUAAAAAAGAACAAAAAAAAUCUUCAAACCAAGUCUGUCAUCUAUUUUAAUGAGACUUCUUUUAAGAAUUUGCUUUUAAGAAUUCACUGUCAUCAAUAAAAGGUGA